GAAAUGAUUAUGAAAUCUUUGCUACUAGUGGGCAUUUGAUGGAACUAGCCAAAAGAGCCACCGAUCCGGACCGGGAAGGAGAAGGAAUUGCCCAAGAAAUUGUGAAAAUUUUGCAAUUACAGCCCCAACAAUAUAAGCGUUUGCUUUUUUAUGAAAUCACCCAACAAAGUAUCCGACAAGCUCUAAGUAAUCUCUUGCCACUUAAUCAAAGUUUAGUUGAAGCCCAAAAUGCUCGCCAAGUUUUAGAUCGAAUGAUUGGCUUUUGCCUCAGUCCGCUUUUACAAAAAAAACUUCAAGCCCUAUCGGCUGGCAGAGUUCAGUCUGUUGUUCUAAAAUUAAUUGUUGACCGGGAAAUUGCCAUUCGUGAAUUUGAAAAAAAAAAAGAAUAUAUUCUCCAAGGAAUUUACGAAACCCAAAAUGAAAAAUAUGCUCUAAGGCAAAAAGAUGAAAAAGGAAAACUAGUAAUUUAUCCUAGUAAGGAAGAAGCAGAAAAGGUUAAAGCCCAACUAGGUCCUAUUUUUUCCCUUAUCAAGGAAGAAAAAGAAAAAAGAUAUAUUAUUCCCAAAGCCCCGUUUACUACUUCUCUCUUGCUAUACGAAGCAAAAUCUCAAUUAGGAUUUUCUAUUGCUCAGACUACCAAAUUAGCCCAACAGUUAUACGAAGGAAUUCAUUUAAAAAGCAAGAACAAACAAGCAGGACUAAUUACUUAUCCCCGAACGGAUUCUUGUCAAAGUUUAAAUGUCCAAGACGCUCAUGAAGCUAUUCGUCCUACUUAUUUUUCUCAACAUCCUGCCGAAGUAAAAGAUAGUUUAACUCCAGAACAAUUUGCCUUGUAUAAUUUAAUUUACAACCACACCUUAGCCAGUUUAAUGAGUUCAGCCCAAACUGAAAAAACUACUUAUACUUUUGUUAAUAAUGGUUAUUACUUUACUCUCAAUGAAAAUGUACUUACUUUUGCUGGAUUUUUUAUUCUCAACCCUGAUUAUUACUUGCCUAAUUACAAAGUUAAAAAAAUCUCUUUCUUAGCCAAAGUUGAUUUGAACUCCUUGAAAGCAGACAAAAUUGAAGUAAAAGAAUACUUAGAAAACAAACCUCAACGUUAUAAUGAAGGAAGUUUAGUUCAAGAAUUAGAAAGAUUAGGAAUUGGUCGUCCGUCAACUUAUAAUACCUUUAGUAAAAUUCUGCUUAACCGUGGAUAUGUUGAGUAUAAUAAUGAAAAGCAAAAGCAUUUUGUCCCAACCGAACUGGGAUCUAAAGUAAAUGAAUGA